AUGACUGUGAAAAGCUCGUCUGAGAUGCAACUUACGGCCGACGUUGAGCUGGACAGGGGAACUAAUUGGGCCAAGUGCAUCAACGCCCAAUUUCUCUACGGCUUAUCGAAAGUGUUCGGCAAGACUAACCGAAGUCAGAACAAUGUCCAUAUACUUAGCCAAGUUGGUUUUAUUGCUCGACCGGAAGAAUCCACCGAUGAAUGUCUGAAUGAAGUAGCAGAAAGGGUCGGUCUAGGUGAUCAUUGUCGCUGGAAUGCAUACCCGGAGAAUGGUAAAAUGGUUCUUGACGGUUGCGAUGCACACUGGGACCUAGGUAAAGUCGACUAA